AUGCCGCCGACGUCCUCGAGCUACCCUCCGCCUCCGUCGCCGCCGCAAACCUUCCACUCUCCGCCGAUAACCAUCGUCCUAACCGUCGUCCUGCUCGUCUUCUUCCUCAUCGGCUUCUUCUCCAUCUACUUCUGCCGGUGCUUCAUGGCAGCCAUCCUCCACACGUGGCACCUCCGCCGAACCCCCUCCGGCCACAUCAUCCGCGACGCAAUAAACGGCGACGUAGCCCCGCGGCCCAGCGGCAGUUCCGCCACCGGCCUCGAUCCGAGGCUCAUAAAAUCAUUCCCAACUCUCGUCUACUCAAGCAUCAAACAGGUCCGCAAAGAGAAUCAGUACGGCCUGGAAUGCGCAAUCUGCCUCGUCGAAUUCGAAGACGAUAGCCUGCUCCGUCUCCUCACGCCGUGUUACCACGUCUUCCACCAGGAAUGCGUCGAUCUCUGGCUUGAAUCCCACAAGACCUGCCCGGUCUGCCGCCAGGACCUCGCUUCCCCGCCUGAUCAGCCGCCUUCACAAUUAACACCUUUCACAAACAACGUUAACGGCAAUAUCGGCGACAACGACAAUAACAUCGUCGUCAUCGAUGUCGUCGACGACGACGCGGUCACCAUCGACGUGAAAGGUGAAAAUUAUGAUCUUCAUGAUCGACAGCGCGGAAAUACUUCAAAACGAUCAGAGCGCGUUAAUGAUCAUGUUAUGGAGAGGUUUCCAAGGUCGCAUUCGACGGGGCAUUCGAUAGCGAGAGUGAGAUCGAGAUCGGAGGAGGAAGAUUGUCACCAGGACAGGUACAGGCUGAGGUUGCCGGAGCAUGUGAAGAUGAAGCUUUUGCGAGGGCAUCACUGGACCGGAAGUUGCGAGACUUAUGGCGAGUUUCAGCGCCAUAGAUGCGGUACUAGUUCUUAUUGUACGGCCGGCGGCCGCCGAUUUGGCGAGGUUUCUGGAUCAGAUCAUUAG